CAAUCAAAGACUUUAGCUUUUAAAUCCUUUAACUUCUCGACUCCUUGUGUUUCCUUUUCACUAUAGAUUUGUGGUUUCUCGUAGAACUAUUACAAGCAGAUAAAGAGGAGAGAUCAAGUUAAAGGUCGUCUUCUACUCCUAUGUUCUGCAUUAUAAUUAUGUUUCGCUGUAGUUCUUAUAAUCAGCAGAAACUAUAAUUUUAAAUAAGCAGAAUUGUAGCUUAUUUUCCUGAUCUUUUAUGUGUGUAAAAAGAAAUAGUGAGAUUGGAGUUAAAUUUAUAACUUGUUGUUUGACAUGUUUCAAGAUCAUGGUAUCGUACGGUGCCUUGGCGGUGACAGUGGUGGUGGUUACAGUGCAGUGCUUGUGGUUUGGUUGCAACUUUGCAGAAGGGUAUCCGGAAGAAGACUUGGUGGCGAGGCUUCCUGGUCAACCCAAAGUCUUAUUUAGGCAGUAUGCAGGUUAUGUGGAUGUUGACGUUGAAACAGGCCGCAGUCUCUUCUACUACUUUGUGGAAGCAGACACACAGCCGGAUACCAAACCCUUAACCCUUUGGCUUAAUGGAGGUCCAGGUUGUUCAUCAGUUGGUGGAGGAGCUUUCACUGAGUUGGGCCCAUUUUACCCAACAGGAGAUGGCCGUGGCCUCCGCAUUAACUCCAUGUCUUGGAACAAAGUCUCGAACCUGCUUUUUGUGGAGUCUCCUGCGGGAGUAGGAUGGUCUUACUCCAACACAAGCUCUGAUUACAACACCGGGGACGAAACUACUGCAAAAGAUAUGCUUGUGUUCUUGUUGAGAUGGUUCAUCAAGUUCCCAGAGUUGAAAGGUCGUGACUUCUUUCUCACUGGGGAAAGCUACGCAGGGCAUUACAUACCUCAACUGGCUGAUGCUAUACAUAGCUACAAUAGAAAGUCAAGUGGUGGGUUCAAGAUCAAUGUUAAAGGAAUCGCAAUUGGGAAUCCGCUCCUAAAGCUUGUCACAGACACUUCAGCUUCUUACGAAUUCUUAUGGUCGCAUGGGAUUAUUUCUGAUGAACAUAGACACGCAAUCAUCACGCAAUGCAACUUUACCAGUCUCCCAAACAUAAGCAAGGAGUGCAUCGAGGCUCUCACUGAAGUCAGCUUCGUUUCUGAGUAUGUCAACGUCUAUGACGUUCUCCUCGACCUAUGCUUCCCAUCCAUUAUUGAACAAGAGUUGAGGCUCAAGAAAAUGGCUACACAGAUGAGCAUGGGGGUGGAUGUUUGUAUGAUGCACGAAAGACAGUUUUAUUUCAAUCUCCCAGAGGUUCAACACGCUCUUCACGCUAACCGGACUCAUCUACCUUACCAAUGGUCUAUGUGCAGCACCCUGGUAAAUUACAGUGGCGCCGACAUGAAUAUUAACAUGCUUCCGAUGCUUAAGAGAAUUAUACAGAACAAAACUUCUGUUUGGAUCUUCAGUGGAGAUCAAGAUUCUGUGGUUCCACUUCUUGGUUCUAGAACUCUUGUACGAGAACUUGCUCAUGAUCUCAACUUCAGUACCACACUUCCCUAUGGACCUUGGUUCCACAAAGACCAGGUUGGUGGCUGGGUCACCGAAUAUGGAAAUCUAUUGACGUUUGCAACGGUGAGAGUAGCGGCUCAUAUGGUGCCCUAUGCACAGCCCUCACGAGCUCUGCAUUUAUUCAGUAGCUUUGUGCGUGGCCAGAGAUUGCCCAACAAGACACAUGAAAGAGGAGAGAUCUUUUAUUAGAUAUAUUCAGUUAGGAUUAGUAUAUUAUAUGGUUAGCUUGCUAACCACCUAUAUAAAUACAAUUAUUGUAGUUAAAGCUUAUAUUCAUCGGCUGAUCGGCAGAACUUUGCCUUGACCGUUGCCUAAAGAUGUGACUGAUCUUUUCUGAGUCUGCUUGCACUAGAUUGUCUGAUCUAGAAGAUUUUUUUUUUUUUUAAGAAGAUAAGCGCACCACUGGUUUCUUAUAGGUAAAAUUCCAUAAAAUAUUUGAACUAAAUUAAGUUUUAAUAUUUAACU